CACACGUAUUCCGAUUAAAAAAAGAGGUUCCCUUUUUAAAUAUCGGGAAGUGUUUUUUUUUUCAAAAUGGCGGACGAAGAAUUUGAUGUUGCCACAUUUAGAAGAUCGAUGCAGCACUUCACAUGGAUUGAUUAUUCAGUUUUCAUACUCAUGCUGACAGUUUGUGGAGGUAUAGGAGUAUAUUUUGGGUUUGUGAAGAAGCAAAAAUCAACACAAGACUAUUUACUUGGCGGAAGAAAUAUGAAGUCAGUUCCUGUUUGCUUUUCUUUAGUUGCCAGUUUCAUUUCAGGAAUUUCACUUUUGGGAACCCCUACGGAACUCUACGUGUAUGGGACAGCGUACCUUUUCUUCUUAAUUGGUGCCUUUUUGAUGUCGUUUAUAAUGUUUCACACUUUUCUCCCAGUGCUACACGAGUUGAGGCUUACAUCUGUUUAUGAGUAUCUGGAACUUCGCUUCGAUAAGCGGCUAAGAAUAUUUGGUUCAGUGAUUUUCAGUGUUUACCUGAUGGCUUGGCUUCCUAUAGUAGUUUACGUUCCCGCGUUGGCUUUUAACCAAGUUACUGGUAUAAAUAUCCAUAUUGUUACGCCGAUAGUGUGCUGCGUCUGUAUAUUUUACACCUGCCUGGGAGGUCUAAAAGCCGUAGUAUGGACAGACGUCAUACAAACCAUUGUUAUGGUUCUAGCAAUGAUCCUAGUUAUUAUAAAAGGAACAAUAAAUGUUGGAGGUCUCCAAACUGUGUUAGAACGAAACUGGGAUACUGGUCGAUUGGAAUUUCCUACGCUUUCACCAGACUUGACAGUGAGGCAUACUAUCCUGUCAGUGUCCAUCGGCUCCACCUUCUAUUGGAUUGGGAACAUCGCCGUGAACCAAUCGAUGAUGCAGAGGUUCCUAUCGCUACCAGACUUGAAAAUAUCCAAAAGAGUCGUCUGGGGCUUCCUCGGCGGGAUCAUCUGUAUAAUCUUCGUUUGCGCGUACAGCGGUCUUCUAGCGGUCGCUUGGUACUUCAACUGUGACCCGCUGAACUCUCGCCUGGCUCUGGCCAAAGACCAGCUGUUACCAUUGCUUGUGAUGGACGUCUUCGCGGAAUGGAAGGGAUUGUCGGGACUCUUUGUGGCUGGUGUCUUUAGUGCAGCGUUAAGCUCUUUAUCAACGGGCUUAAACUCCAUGGCGGCAGUUGUAUUAGAAGACUUCUGGAAGCCGUUCUUCAAAAAACUAACUCAUAAACAAACACAAGUGAUGAUAAGGGCGGUAGUCGUCAUACUAGGAGCUGUGUGUGUAGGAUUAGUAUUCGUAGUGGAAAAGCUUGGGUCGGUGUUACAGUUGACAAUGAGUCUGUCGUCAGCGUCCAUGGGACCCCUCACUGGAGUAUUUUUGAUGGGAAUCUUUUUACCCUUCGUUGACUCGACGAGUGCACUGGUUGGUGGAAUAUUAGGUUUAACCUCUUCGUGGUGGCUGGCCACGCAAUCACAAAUCGCCCAGGCAAGCGGAGCGCUCCGCUUCAACGAAAAGCCAAGAUUUACCCAAAACUGUAGUUAUUCGUUUGAUCCCGUAGUGCACAAGGAAGAGACUCUGGAUAUGGAUGUAUUCUAUUUGUAUCGGAUCUCCUACUUGUGGUUCACAGCAUUCGGUUGUGUGAUCACACUGAUCAUCGCUUCUGCUCUCAGCUUGAGGAGUACUUCCUAUGUGCACAGGGACCCUAAGCUUUUUGCGCCAGUUAUUAGGAGUUGGAUAACAAAAAAUCAAAGAGUAAAAGAAAUAAAUCUAGAUAACCAAAGUUAAUUGAUAUCUGGUAUUAGUAUUUAAUUAAUUAUAACACAUAUUAUUGUAUCUGAUAUAGUUUUGUACUAGUUAUAAGUAGGUAUUAUGACCAAUUUUACAACGUCAGUGUACCUACCAUGAGUUUACGUUAGGUGUGCUCGCUAGCGACUACGUAAAAAAAUUACAUUUAAAUGUAUGACAUAUUGUG